AUGGGCCCUCGGUCUUCCGCGACCCAGUCUCACUCGUCUACGAUCGAACCUGAUAAUGAUCACAAAGAAACCCCACCUUCACGGGAGGUAGCUCGACAGCAGGAAAUUGAAUCAACCCUCCAAAAAGAAGAUACCCCCCAUCCGCGGCCGCGGAGAUUCCUCGCACAGCCGAUAGAGACAUCCUCUCGGAGUGUCCAAACACAGAAUGCCUCGCCAGACGACCGUCGAUCUCCGAGGUCAGGAAGCCUCCGAAAUGAGGUGACCAACUCCUCGGAGCAAGCGGAGCCACAAUCCCACCGAGCGGACGAUCCUCCCCGGAGAUUCUUACCACAACCCAUAGAAACUAGCAAGGCUAGUAACCAAGGCGUCACCGGCUCCAGACCAAGACGAUUCAAGCCCGAGCUUCUUGAAACUGACCAUCGCUCGGUCAAAGGGCCACAAGUUGGCCCCUCUUAUCGACGAUCUGUCAACUUUGAUCCAGUACAGGGCAGCUUGGAACUCCCGGUAGAGAGGCAAGGCCCUCUAGCUCGUCUGGCCCCUAAUCGCAGUGCCUCAUUCGAUGUCCCGGAGUCUAGAUUUUCAUACGCGAAUCUUCUUCGUCGGCAUGAAACACGGAGGCACUCCUUUCGAGUCCCUGAUCUUCCUUCAAUCCCAUCAGAUGAGAGUGAAACUUCAGAUACGCCUUGCGAAACGCCAUGGCCUUCCUCAUCUCUCGGACGGUCGUCGGUGAAGCCAGUGCAGUCUCAGCAAGAAGAUCCUUGGAAUCCGGAAAGCCGUCCAAGUGAAUUUUCAAAGUAUCUGUUGUCUCUGGCCGCUCGAUCGGCACAGAAAGAGCUGAAAGAGCAGGCACUUGCUGCCUUUCCGAAUGAGCAGGUCUACCAGCCUGUUGACCAUUUUGCUAUUGAUGAGGAAGGAGGAGAUUCAGGAGAUGACGAUUAUCUGGUUUAUCCGCAGCCACAUCACAUUAAGUCUCGCCGGCAAUCCUCGGCAGACCUUUCCUGGGAGCUGGAGUAUAUGCGUCAACAUAAGGAGGAGGCUGAACAACGACUUCGAGUCAUGGUUGCUUCAAAUAAGAACCUGGACUUCUCUCCCAAUCACAACGCAGCCACCAGAAAAUAUGGCCCUAGUCCACCAAUGCUAGGUGCUGAUAUUGUUCUACCCCAAAGUUUGUCGCCAGAAGGAACUCUUUGCGAGGAAUCCUCGUCUGAGACCAAUGUCCAGGGCCAGGAGGGCCCGUGUAACGACUGUGGUGGUCUUUGGUGUGCGGGAGCUGAGCCCGAUGAGGGGCGCGGAUUAGGCCUUUGGAUGGGUACAUGUCGUAAGGAUGAGGGUUUCGAGCGAGACCCACAAGCAAUGACGGGGAUCAUGACACCAAUGAUUCAAUGUGAAGAAUUCAACUUCACACCCAGUCCCCCGUUGGAGUCUCAUGCGGACUCGAGAGAUUCAAGUAGGCAACUGCCCAAAGGCACGACUUCUUGUCUCCCAAGACGGAAACUCGAUGCCGAAUUCAAUGAUGGCUUUGUGACGCAGAUCUACAAUUAUCUGUCUCUAGGCUAUCCGUGCGUCGCCCGAUAUUAUGACCACGAGCUUAGCAAGAUCUCAGGAAUUGCUCUUGAAGAAUUGCGGCGAGAUGAUCUUUGUGCCGAUGCUCAGGGCUACGUUGUAGCACCGGCUGAUAGUAUGGCAGUUGGGUGUGUUCGAUGGAAAGCUUUACGUCUUUAUAUCCACGAAUGGGCUCGCCAGCAGCCGAACAUGGUAGAAGAUGAACUAGGCCUUGAGGCCUGGGGGGUUCCGGAGCGGAGAGGGAGCUGGGCGAUUUGA